CCCAAAGCACUCCAACGAACCUCACAACUACACACCGAGGCCGUUACUAGCAGAUUAGUUUGCCUGCCAUACAAUAACACCUCGAUCUCCUCUUCGAACCACCAUAGAGCUCCCAAGUCUUCCACCGUUUGAUCAAUCAACAUGUUCAUAGCACGAAGUGAAUAUGACCGUGGCAUCAAUACCUUCUCGCCAGAAGGCCGUCUCUUCCAAGUCGAAUACUCUCUAGAAGCCAUCAAGCUCGGAUCAACAGCGAUAGGAGUCGCAACUGGCGAUGGUGUAAUCCUCGGAGUUGAGAAGCGCGUGACGUCCACCCUGCUCGAGACCAGCUCUGUAGAGAAGAUCGUAGAAAUCGAUAGCCACAUUGGAUGCGCCAUGUCAGGUCUCCAGGCCGAUGCACGAAGCAUGGUCGAGCAUGCACGAGUGGAGUCGCAGAACCACGCUUUCAACUACGCCGAGCCUUUGAGGGUCGAAAGCUGUACACAGGCAAUAUGUGAUCUUGCCUUGCGGUUCGGUGAGGGUGCUGAGGGAGAAGAGAGUAUCAUGUCGCGGCCGUUCGGUGUUGCGCUCCUGAUUGCGGGUUAUGAUGAGGAUGGUCCAAGUCUAUAUCACGCCGAGCCAUCAGGCACAUUCUACCGCUACGACGCUAAAGCUAUCGGUUCCGGGUCCGAGGGCGCCCAGGCUGAACUCCAGAACGAAUUCCACAAGUCAUUGACCCUCCCGGAGGCCGAGGUCCUUGUCUUGAAGACACUCAAGCAGGUUAUGGAGGAGAAACUAGACAGCAAGAACGUGCAGCUUGCAAGUGUCACAAAGGACAAAGGCUUCAGAAUCUACACUGAUGAAGAGAUGGAGGAGGUUGUUGGAAGAUUGCCCACGAACUAGAUUUCAUAACGCAGAUCAAGCCUUCAGCCCGGGUACGAAUCUAGAUAAACUCCGCGUCCCGCAAGCGCGGCAUCACGUGGAAUCGAUCGAACGUAAAAUAGAGACAUGAAUCAAUGCUCAUGAAGACUAUGUAAUUUCAUUCCCUCAAACUAUGGGUUUACUCUUGCUGUGGAGUUACUGUAGACCAUUUCCCGUUGCAGAACACUCCUUUUUAUGUCCCUCGUACACCAUGAGAUGUCACAGUCACAAGGAUAGCGAGGCAGUAUGACAUCAGACAGAGGAAAAGUCUAAUUCGCAG